GAUGCCCCUAGCAUUCCAGGUGAUGCCCUUAGCAUUUCAGCUAAUGCUAGUAGCAUGAUAUGUGAUGCGUAAGAGCUCCUGAAGUUUAGAGUUUGUGUAGUUUGGAGCUGACUUUUUUUCAUGCAGGCGUAAGUGAGCUCCAAAUUUGGAGUUUACGCAGUUUGGAGCUCACUUUUUAUGACCUGCAUAUGAAUAGUAAAGUAUCACAAUAGUCCGGUAAAUAAAAGGAAAAGUCCGCUAAAUUGAGCAAAACGUGCGCUAAGAGGUAGGACGUGGAUAGAUAAUAUUACUUUUCGUUAAAUUUGAUAAUAUUUUGUCCGAGUAAUAAAGUCCCUUUAUUCUCCAGUGGACUUUUGCUAAAGUGGACAUUUUCUGGAUCUAUGCCAGCCCUCUCCCCGCCCCGUUUCCAUCUCUGGUAUGAGCCAUAUAAUUUAUCUUAACCCUUUGGGAACGGUGGUACAAGGGUUGUACCACCUAUUUUCCAGUAAAGAAAAUGUUUGUUUCUCAUAAAACUAUUAUUAUGUGUAAGGUAAUAGGUCGUUUCAGCUACCAUCGCAUGCAUAUCUUUCCUCUCUUUCUUUGUCAUAUAGAUGCUUCUCAGAUCUUCUCUUUUCUUUCUGCUCUAUACACUGACGCCAUGAUCACUUUCUUUCUUAUCUUGAUGUAUUGUCAUAAGGCUUUUAUGUGAUCAUUUUGAUCCACAUACAAUAAAUUGAUGAAAGAACCAUUUUUCAAUUGAAAAAUAAUUCCGUCCCCAAAGGGUUAAGCUAGUGCUGCGCUUAUGAACAUUUAAGAGUUUAUAGUAACAGAGAAAAAAUAGCAUUUCUAGCAAGUACUAAAACUUUUCCCUUAAUCCAUAGGUGUACGGGACUCAGAUUAUAACCAUUGCCCUGUCAGUUGAAAAUUAUUGUGAUAAGGCUAUAGUUUACGGAUUGUUAAUAUCUUUGUACUGUGUUUAUUGACUAUAUCUGAGUUUCUCUCGCGUUUGCUUUCUCAAUAAGAUGAUAAGAAGGGCAGACAAUGGAUCUUUUUACCAUGGUAAACAAAAAUCUUAAUAUUUAUUAUAUAUUUAGCAGAUCAGAGUGAAUCAGAAAGAGAACAAUCAGUGAAGCCUAAUGAUUAAUAUCCGAUUGGAUCCUGUCGAAAUUCUCGAUCCGGGGUCAUAGACAGACCUUGUUUUGCUGUAGCUCGGGGUGCCAGAGUAAAUCAUAGAAGAACCGUUGCUUGUAAUAACACCAGAGUCGUACAUUGAUGUUUCUGAAACUGUUUAAUAAUUACCUCUCUUUUCGUUUGUUGAAAGCACAAACGCACAUUCCAUCCACCAAGAAAAGUUGUUUUUGACUGCGCUUAUGCACUUUUUCUGAUUCUUUUCUGUAGCCAGUAAGUUUUAGAGACCCUGUGGAUAUGGGAAUAUCUCCCGCAGGCAGCUGGUUUUUUAAUACUCCUAAAUGUAAAAUGUUGAUCGUCUUAUUCAUAAAAAUCCUAUAUUACAGUUUGAAUUUGUUGAGAAUUGAACUACGCAUUUUUCAAAAACAAAAAAAAGUUAUCUUUUUUACGCAAUUUUCAAAUCCUUAUUGAAAUGCUGGAACUAUGACUAAAAUCUCUAUGUUUUCCAAUCGAUAGGUAAUAUACUAUUAGCAUUAGACUUCUCAACAUUUUUAAGUAUGCUUACUCCUACAACAACUUCCUAUACGUUUCAAAUAGAAUCUUCUCAGUAUUUCAGAAAUGCUUCUUCUCUCCGGAAAAAACUCUUUCCACGAAUCUCAAAGGAUUCUCAUAAGAAUCGUUGCCAAGUUUCUUUUUUUUUGUGCAUAUGAAACUAGGAGAACCUUUCGCUUGUUUAGAGCAUGUUAGAGAAAGACAUUCUCGAAAGUUUUAUCAAGUUCCCUUCGAAGAAGACUUUGUUCUUCAUAGAUAACGACGAUAACGAUUCUAUUUCUCGCUCAUUGUAGUUAUCCCCAAUAUUCCAGCCGACGCCCGAUGGGCAAAGAAUGGUGUGACCACUGCUGGAGGUCAUGGGGAAGGCGAUGCCACCAAUCAACUCUGGCACCCUCAUGGUCUCUUCGUUGAUGAUGAUCAAACGAUUGUCAUCGCUGACUCCAUGAAUCAUCGUAUCAUCCAAUGGAAGAAGGAUGAUACGAAUGGGCAAGUGGUAGCUGGUGGGAAGGGGCGAGGAGAUCGAUUGAAUCAAUUGGAUGAGCCAACCGAUGUGCUGAUAGACAAAGAGACUGAUAGUCUCAUUAUCUGCGAUCAAGGCAACCGACGAGUUGUACGAUGGUCUCGUCGUAGUGGCACAACUCAAGGAGAAAUCCUCAUCGACAAUGUCGAUCCUUGGGGAUUGACCAUGGAUGAUCAGAGAUAUCUCUACAUCUCUGAUACACAAAAAUCUGAAGUAAGACGAUACCAAAUAGGAGACAAGAAUGGAACUCUCGUGGCUGGUGGCAAUGGCAAAGGUGAUGGUCUCAAUCAACUCAACGAUCCGCGCUACGUCUUUGUCGAUCAACAACAGACUGUCUACGUGUCAGACAACGAGAAUCAUCGUGUGAUGAAAUGGAAUAAAGGUGCAAAAGAAGGAAUUGUCGUCGCUGGAGGUCAAGGCGAAGGGAAUGCUCUGACACAAUUGGAUCAUCCUAAUGGACUGUUCGUCGAUACGUUGGGUACCAUCUAUGUGACAGACUCGGGGAAUUAUCGAGUGAUGUGUUGGCCUAAAGGAGUGAAACAAGGCACUGUAAUUGUGGGUGGAAAUGGCUACGGAGAAGGAGCAAAUCAGUUCGACGGUCUCCGAGGUUUGUCCUUCGAUCGACAAGGCAAUCUGUAUGUCGCCGAUGUGGAGAAUGCUCGUGUUCAACGAUUUUCAAUCUAA